AUGGCCGCUACAUGGGCAGAUAUCCAACGUCUUGUGGCGGAUCUGCAGAGAGUUCAACUUUCAGAAUCGUCGAAAAAGCUCUCGGAGGCGAACUGCGUGGAGGUAGUGACGAAGCUCAUUCGAAGGUCUCUGAUCGAUGUGGUUUUCACAAGAGAUGGACAUUCAUACAUCACUCAGAAACAUCUGGCGACUGAGGUUCGAAAUGAAUGUGUGGCCUUGGGUGGAAGGGCUCCCCUUACCGACAUAGCUACCUCGCUCAAUGUUGAUCUCGAACAUGUGGAACGUGUUGCUCACCAGCUCGCUGCAGAAAACACCGAAUUCAAGAUCUCGGGAGGUGAACUGUUCGCCGAGGACUACGUCACCAAUUUGCAAAACGAACUCCGAACUCUUCUUGCCGAGCAAGGCUUUCAAACACUGUCAUCCCUGUGCAAGCACUGGAAUUUGUCACAGGAACUGCUGCGGUCCUUGUUGCUGGAUCAUCUUCCAGCGGAUUUCAGCGGAGUGCUUGAAGGGGAUACGAUUUUCACCCAGGAGUACCUAGAAGCACAUAAAAAUUUAUUGAGAGCAAUACUCUCGGCUAUAAUUAAGCCCAUUCCGAUAAGCAUAGUACAAGCACGAGUUGGACUGCCCACUGCUCGAUUCUGGUCUGCUUUUGAUGCUCUUGUAGCUGAAAACGAGGUACCUGGUCGAUUAUCGGGCUCGCGGUCUUCACCCAGUUGUACAUAUAUUCCUCAUCUUCAUGACCAUUUGGUCCGAAUGUAUGUACAGAACACGUUCCGUCAGCAAGAGUUCAUCCAAACUUCUGUAUUGAAAAAGCUUGGCCUCAGCGAAGGUGGUGGAAAGAAUGGGCAGGUUGAACAGAUUAUCAAGCAGGAAAAUGGUGAUGUGAAUAUCGAAACACUGCCUUCAAUGCUGCUCUCAAAAGCGCUGCUCCAGCAGUGUUCUACUGCAGUAAAAGAAGCUGUACAAACGUCCGACGUUUGUGAUGUCCAGUCAGCAUUG